AUGAACGAGUUCUCAAGGGAAUCUCCAGAGUAUGGGAUGGAGACGGUGUCGCCGCUGCGGUUGUACGCCGGGAAAGUUUUGGCCGCAGUGAAUCUUGGGAUUUGGUCGUUUAAUCUGUUUGGUAUUCUGAUUCCGGUUUAUCUUCCGAGAGCGUUCAAGAGGUAUUACAGUUCCAGCAAGGAGGUUUGA